AUGUUGCAUGUUGAAACUUAUUUACCUGCAAAAAAAUGUAUAACCAAAAUUGGAGGUGGAUGUAUAAUAAACACCACUUGUUCACUAAUCUCAAAAGAACUUGCUUGUCUCAAUAUUCAUUAGGAUAACCUCGUUUUUGGAAUGUUGUUAGUAGAAAAUGCAAAUAUAGAAUUUGUGUAAAUGCUGUAUAGUUAUUACAUAGUUAGCAUUUAAUUCCUAAGAGAAAUCACCAUAAUAAUAGUCCUGAACUUUGUUAAUCUUUUUUGAACACAUGUACUAUCAAUUCUACUAUUACAGGAUGUUUGGAAAAUACAUGUGAAAACUCAUUAACUUUAUCAAUUGAUGAUAGAGAUUUAAACAACAACACAUGCAUUUGGAGAGCGAGAUGUUUAAUAAAUAAUGUAGAAUGGCUUCGACUUCUCUAACAUCUCAUUCUGAAUGCUGAACUUAUCAUAAGAGCUGCACAUUAAGUAACUCUGGAAAAGGAUGUGUUACAUUCCCUCAAAUGUGAAGCACUUAAAAUAAAAGUUGCUUGCAAAAUAUAUUUCGACAACUUUUGUCUGUCUAAUUUAUUUAUUUCCUUGUGUGGCUAAUAAUCCGAUCACAGUAAAUGGAACCUCAACUAUUUAAGGAUGCUAAGAAUUACCUAAAACUUGCAAUUCUAAAAAUCUUUUGACAAUUCUUAUAUUUAUAUAAUAGGAUUUCCAAACUGCUUAUGGGGUGGUUCAACUAAUAAUUGUGUUGAACAAUCUUUCACAACUGCAAACUUACCAAGAAUACCAGAAGUAAUUUUUAUGGUUUAUUCACUUUUGAUAAUUGUUAAAAGUACAAGCAAAUUUAAUUGUAAUUUCCAACAUUGAAUUAACUUUACUACAAUAUCAUAUCCUUGCAUCUAACAUAAUCCCAAAGAUGGAUGGAUGACUAAGGCCACAAGUUGUUCACAAUUAGUCUAGUGAUAAAACUAAAGUUGAUGGUGGUUGUAUUUGGAAUGGAUCUAACUUUGUUGAGAAAAUAGAACAAAUUUGAUAUAAACAACUCAUUUGAUAAUUGCAAUAAAUAUUCAAAUAAUGUACAGUUAAUGAUGAUGUUACAGCAUACUUUCCCUUAGCCUCCACUUGCACUUCAUAUAAAAUUUCAGAUAAUUGUAAAAUUACUUCUACAUCCAUAAAUUGUUAUUGGACAGUAGAAAUGCAAUUUGCAAGGAUACUCCAGAUUCUGACCUUUUUGAUUCGGAUGAAGAAAUUUCUUAGUUACAAAACCCAAAAUUAGAGAUAGACUAUAAUUGCAAAAGUGAGAGGUUAUAGGUUUGUUUAAAAAGAGCGAAUUACAAGACUUCCAGUUAAUGCCUUAAGACUUUAACAAAUUUCAAAGGUCAAGAUGAUGUAAAUAGAUAAAUGGAAUAUGCUAUUAAUUGUCAAAUUUUGCAACAGGAGUUUUUAGAAAAUUAUUCAUAUGAAUUACUCAAUUAUUUUGAUGAGUUCAGUUAAAGGAUGAUGUUGUUUAAUGAAAGAGCCUAUGGAGAUUGA